AUGGCCUCAUCAAUACGCUCCGCCCCACGUCGUCCCUCCAGGGCCUCUCGCCCAGUUCGUUCGAGCCGCACGCAAGUUCAGUCCUACCAUGAAGAUAGCAGUUCGGAUGACCGUGGCGAGGUGCUAGACUCCGACGACGAACAAGCCAGGCGCUUGUCGCUCUCUUUACGCCCGCGUGAUUCGCAUCGCAUGCCGGUUUCAUAUCGCGAGGAAUCAAGCGAUGAGGAAUUUGACGGUGAUGCAAGUGCGAGCGAGGAUCCCGACGCAAUCGUGCCGACUGAAGCUCCAACCCGGUUUCAAUAUCCAUCUCCCGAAUCAACCAGUCGUAACACAACAUCCAAACCUCCACGAAGGCGCACGGUCAGGACUAGGUCCCAAGCAAAGAGAACCCAGAGAUCUUCGACCAAGAAGCGCUUGGAAUUGGGAAGACCGCUCAACAAGAGAAGGAAGGUAGAGGCGGAUGGUUUGCCGUUCAUUAGCUCGGGUGUGAUACCUCCCUGGCAGACUCUUCCGUACCACAUCUUGUUUGACAUCUUCCUCCGUGCCUCCUAUCCUCUGGUAAACGAACAGGGUGGAACCAGGCACAGCUCUGUGCAAUGGCUCGUGAAUGUUUCACUCCUAUGCCGCGCUUUUCAUGAACCGGCGCUGGCUGCGCUGUAUAAUUGCCCCCCACUUAUCCCGGAUGCGAAAUCGCAUGGGCUGCUGAGUUUGGUCUCUAAGCCGCAGGAAUCGCUUUCGACGAACUACGUCAACAAGAUUCGGGAGCUCGACAUCGAUGUUGAACCGUUGCUUCUCUAUAAGAGUGGGCCGACGCUGGGGUAUUUUGACCUUGCGAAACUGGUCGAAAAGACACCUCAAGUGAAAAGGCUGCGGCUAUAUCAUACUGAUGACCAUGUCACUGGACUUCCCCCAUGGCAGAUACCGUAUUCCAAAUGGACUUAUCCGGAAGCUCUGUUUUCCGCCAUCUCCCAAAGUUCGAUCCGACUCCGAAGCUGGGAUUGGAACAGUCGUUUCUUGGAAACAGAGACCUUAAUUCCAUUAAUGAUGGCUAAGCACCUUGAGCCAGCAUUCAGUGGACUGCGCGAGCUCAAGUUGUUGCACGUCUCUGAGAAAGAAGAUCCUGACGCUAACGAUGAGGCCGAGGUAGUUCUUGCUACGGCACUCAAGGAACUCCCCGAACUACGUCGCUUAGAAUUUUUCGAGUGUUCAAUUGUGAACGAGCAUCUGCUCCCCAUUCUACCAUCAUGCCUCACCUCUCUUAGCAUCAACAACUGUGCUAAUGUGUCAACCCUGAAUUUGAGCGCAUUCCUCUCAACACAUGGCCAAACCCUCCGCGAGUUGUCCCUAUGCCACAAUCGACAUCUCAGCCUCUCCUUUAUCGUGGGCCUGUCCCAGACGUGCCCGCAACUUGAAAAGUUCAAAGUGGAUAUCUCCAUGUACGACCGAUCUAGUUACCAUGACGUUGAACCACAUUUUAGAGAAUUGCUCAGCCGAUCGGAAGUCCCGACCUGGCCCACUACUCUCCAGGACAUUGAGAUGCACCAGCUGAGCAAGUGGGAUGGUGUCGCUGCGGAGGUGUUCUUUACCUCUCUGAUCGACGCAGCACCUGAAUUACGCAACCUGCGCCGGCUUGUGAUCAACGCGAUUUUGAAGAUUGGAUGGCGCGACCGCGCAUCUUUCCGGGAAAAGUGGCAAGGCCGGCUGGAGAGAGUCUUCCUACGUCGAAGUGCACCUCCUGACCCGAAUCUUUACACGAUUCCACGCCCAGCCCAGGGUGUGAUCACACAUCAACAUGAAAUCGCUGCGGAUGAUGUGGAAAGCCAGUUGGAUGCUCCCGCCAGCGGGCCAUCGACGCCCUCCAAGCGGAAGAGUGCCCGAAUUGCGCAGAGAAAGUUCUCCGAAAUUGAAGAUAACGGGGACUUCAGCCCGUCGGGGCGAGCGGUGUCGGAUGUUGAGGACGACAAGUCCCUUCCUCGUCAGGGGAUGUGCGAUGUCGUCAUGGUACGGAUCGAUAAUCAGCGGCCUACGGAGACCCAGUUCAAUGAACAAGAUUUUCUCGACGAUGAGUUGAGCGGAGAUGAGGAUUGGGACGGACGGGAUAUGGAUGUUGGCGAUGGACGUCAUGCGUGGUAG